GAGCUACCACUUACUAGACAGUACUAUAGUUGAGGUAGUCGGCCACAAAUAUUUGGAUAAGGUGGGUGGAAAAAUAUCUCAUCCCUCCAUGUUACAAAAUUUAAAUCAAUUUUCAUCCAUUCACAUAAAAACCUGACGUCUAUCUGUGAUUUAUCUCUUUCCUUCAGAUUCCUUCUUGCUUUAUCGCUUUAUAUUGAUAAUAAUAUAGCAGAAAGAAAGCUAAUUUGCAGUUAAAAUGGCGGCAGAGAUGAGCUUAAUAUCUGGGCUCAACCCAAGUUUUAAAUUACCAACAAAUAAGCCAUUUUCUUUCCCUUUCCAACCAAAAGAGGCCCUAAUUAGCAGAAACAAGAAAAGAAAACAAGAUUUCACUAUUUCUGCCAAUUUAGGAGGAGGAGAUGGGGAGCUGAAGAAAGGAGGCAAGAAGAAGUUCAUUACCAAAGAUGAAGAACCUCAACAGUACUGGCAAACAGCAGGUGAAAGAGAAGGGGAAAAUCCUAUGAAAACCCCUCUUCCUUACAUAAUCAUAUUUGGUAUGUCAACACCUUUUGUUAUCUUAGCAAUUGCUUUCGCAAAUGGUUGGAUUAAGGUUCCUUUGAGAUGAUAAUGAUGAUCAUAUCACCCAAACAUUCACAACUGCAGCUGUAAUAAAAUACAUCUUAUGUUAAAUUAUGGUUUAAUUUGUUGUCAAUUUUGGAAUUUUAAGUUGUGUCAAAUAGUCGAUUACUCUCAUGUUAGAUUACACUACACUAUGAUUUAUAUGCGCUAUGCUUUGAAUGAAAAAAUGAUGGUCUUAGCAGACACCGAAUCUGCUAAAAGGGUGCCGUGCAACCUGUUUAUAACAUACUAUCAGCAAACAACUUGAAAUGCUUGAUGGUUCUAAAUAUUUUGUCGUGGAAAAAGAAUGUUAAAGUCUUGGUCGAACAAAACCUCACUUAAAAUAUGCACAAAUGAUACUAUUACGCAAUCAUACUUUUCCUAUAGAUUAGCAUACUUUUGUUUACAAUUGUACUUCAAAGUAUGACAUUUGAGGGUGAAAGUAUGUACAUCUGUUAAAGAAGUAUGACUGUUCAACCCUAAUAGAAAAAUUACCGUAAAAAAUGGACUUCGAUUUGAUCUCCUCAUACGAAACCUUGUUCCUUUCCCUUUUCAUUGUCCUCUAUUAAAGGAAAGUAUUCGCAAAGCCAACUCAUCAUAUGUAAAUCCUAAGGUAAAACUAAAACCUUGUUCCAACGUUAUUCAAAAUCCAUGAUCUUGAUACAAGUAAUCAAAUACUAGUUGGGUGGUGAAUAGAUCCAAAAACAUUCCAAAUAGAGCAUAUAUAAAAUAAAAUACAAGUAUGUAAAGUCGGUCCAUGUAACUUAUAACAACAAAAUGAACCACUUGGUGUUGGUUGGGGACCAUUUUGGGCAGUGUGCAUGGCUUAGGUAACUCAGGAAAUUUUGGCUUUGCUUCUCCCUUGCUCAUUAACAUAUUCAUUACACUUUUUUGGAAUUUCAUCAUCACUCUAAUCCUUAUGGAGAAUGAGAAUGUGAUCCAGUUUCAUCAAAUGUUGGCUUCACCAGAUGACUUUUCCCCUGCUUUUACCAAAUCUUAUCGAAAGAAAAUGUCCGCACUUUGUAAAUUUCUUUCGAUUUUUCCAGAAGCCGACCGUUGGAACGCAGUUAAUUAGUUGAUGCAUUUUGGUCUUAAAUUUACAGCUUGUUGUAAACAAUACAAACACUUGUAAAAUUCUAUUUCCUCUGGGAGGAUUUGGUGAUUUAAGGAGGGAAAUAAGCAUGUGAAGGGUUGAGGUGCAGGCACAUGCGAAAUCUCUCAUUCCCAUGAUUUUAAUCAGAAUCAGUUGCAGAGGACCACAUAGAUUGGUACUGGCAAACAUAUAUGUACACAAAUCGUCUGUUCUUUCCUUACACUAAUAACAGUGUGCAGAAAAAAUGA